ACUUCAACCAUCUCAUCACGGAACCCAUUGGAGACGAAUUUCUGGCGCAACGAGACAAAACAAAAAAAGCCCCCCACUGAUAGAUACCCAUCAUCCAGCUCACACCGAUACCCAUACAGGAUCAGGCUCUUGCACGGCAGAGCUUGCCAAUUUCAUAGUCAAUAUGCCCAUCACAAUACUCAAACCUCGGUCGAUACCUCAAACCCACGAUCAUACGUUCCAUGCAUCAGACUCAGACUCAGACUCAGACUCUGGAGGUGUUGAUUUGGAUGGCGACGUUAGUAUGAGCCGAGCAUCAAAACGUGGGCGGAGCGGAGACCACGAAAUUGUGACACCAGGCGAAGUUAUUACAGACGACCCCCAGUGGAUGAGGGGCCACGGGACCUACGUCAGCUCUGCAGAGGGAGCCAUCGUCUCCUCCGUGGCAGGCACGGUAACCCGCACCAACAAACUUCUCUCCGUCCGGCCUCUGCGGGCCCGGUACACCCCGGAGAUCGGCGACUUGGUGGUCGGGCGCAUCGUCGAGGUGCAACCAAAGCGGUGGCGCGUCGACGUGGGGGCCAGCCAGCUCGCGACCCUACAGAUCAGCGCCAUCAACCUGCCCGGCGGCAUCCUGCGCAAGCGUACCGACACGGACGAGCUGCAGAUCCGCUUCUUCUUCGCCGAGGGGGACCUUCUCGUGGCCGAGGUCCAGACGCUGCACGCCGAAGGCGGCGCCUCCCUGCACACCCGCAGCUUGCGGUACGGAAAGCUGCGCAACGGCGUCUUCUGCGCGGUGAGUGGUAUCGGCGGCGGCGGCGGCGGCGUCGUGCGUGCCAAGAGACAGAGCUGGACCAUGGAGGCGGCAAACGGUGGCGGUGCCGUCGAAGUUAUGCUCGGCGUGAACGGCUACAUCUGGAUCAGCAAACAUGUGGAUGGCGAGGUUCCCACCGAGGGCGUGGGGCUGAACAGGAUGGAAGAGUCGGUCAGUGCCAACGUCUAUUCAAGCCAGAAUGACCGGAUUGAGGCCGAGACCAUGCGGGAGAUUGCCCGGAUCCGGAGCGUCAUCUUCGCCUUGGUCGACAACGGGCUCCGGGUGGACGAGGAAACGGUUACGGAGGGAUAUAGGGUGGCCGUUGAGAUGGGUCAUGAGACGCCCGACGAUGACAUCUACCUUGGCGGUGAGAGGGGCCAGAGAUUGGCGGCUGUCCUCAUUGCCAGAGAUGACUAGUGGGUGUGGAUAGGUAGGCGGCGGCACUUGGGAGAGAAUCCCACUAUCUACCAAACAAAUUACGAAAAAAAGAAAGAAAAAAGGCUAUCGUUAUUACUCGGUCUUGUUCUCAUAGACGAUUUGGCCAUCGAGGCAUCUUUCUCGUCACGCUAUGCAUUCAUUUCAGAACAGGCAAGGUAUAUAUACGACCAUCCCCCAAACGCCGCGUCCCAUGAUAUGCUUCGGAUAUCUGCUUCGCCUCCAAUCGUGCUUAAUCAACCCUGUGUGAGGACCGCCCCGGCAAAGUAUCCCUUGUUCUCCAACACCCCCC